ACUUACAAACAGAUGCGCAAAGUAAACCCUCUAUUCACCAAGCACACGGAAGGUUAUGGAAAGCUAAUACUUGUAAAUUAUUCUGGAAACUAAUGCUCGAUUUGAAGCACAUUUGAUUCAUUAGUUUGUCUGUCGACAUGACAACAUUUAUAAUUUUAGGGUGCUCCUAGAGACUUAACCAAAGGGGCUCCUCAAACAGCUCAAAAUCAUCCGUUUGGAUAAGAAUAUGUAAGCAACAUGCAAUGCAGGAGGCAAAUCUUGAGGCUGAUCAAAUGAUUGUAUUAGUGGCCAAUAACAUAAGCAACUCACGGUGAGAAGAGAACACUUUGGCUCUUGCCAUUACACGCAAGAGAAAGAUCUCAAAAGAGAGUGAUCAUCCCCCAAGUGCUAUAUAGCUUUAUCAUUUCCUUUGAAAGAUUUGAUCAGUGGCAAUAUGGUGACAAUGCUACCUUGAUGUAAUGUUGCAGUCUCUGUUAUAAGGCAACUAACUUUUAUUUAAGAUCUCACCAAAAGAGUGUGAUUCUCCGGGUGUUAGAUACCAUACUUUUUUUCAAAUAAAAGGAAAAUGCACUGUUUGUUCAAAAAAAAAAAAAGAAGGAAAAUGCACUGCUAAACUUGAGGAGUUAUCUCAUCUUAUCCGAAAAAAUCCACUCAUAGUUUAGUUUUCUAAAAUAAUAUUUGACUAGUUCAAAUUUUCUAUAAAAUUCCAAAAUUUUAACAUACAUUUCAUCUUAUUUGCUCGCUUUAUCUUUGAGAACAGGUCAAAGAAAAUAGAGAAAGAAUAUUCUCAUACUUCUUCUGUUUCACUUGUAUGCUUUUAGAUUAAAAAAACAUACUAAUAAUUAUAGAAAAUCAAAAAGAAUUAUUAAAAUAAAACUUAAGAGAACUUAACCAAUCAGCGAUUACCGAUUCCAACAUCUCCGGGAACAAAGCAAAGCUUUCUCUUCUUAUUUUUUUUUCCUGGGAAAACAAAACCAGACUUGCAUGCUGUGAAGACUCUGAAAUGCAACCAUCCCAUCGCCUCUUCUCUCGUCUCUUUCAUUCUCCGGUGAAGGGUUACAGCAGAGCAACAAAUGUAGGCGGCUCACUUCACGUAUUGUUGCAAUUCGACGACACAAACAACGGAGCUGUAGAAACCCAUCGGAGUUUUAGCUCUCUUAUCCGUUCCACUUGGCAGUUAAGAGGGUUUCUAUCUAGUCGAGGAGGUCUUGGCGGCGUGCGAUGCUCUGUUUCGCUCGAUAGAGAUACACCUCUUAUUGAUUCCUACUCUUCUCACCGGAAUUUGUUCACUCGGGCUAAACAAGUCAAGAGAAUUGAGAUCAAUGAUCAACAUAGUCAAAGAGCUGUCACUACUGCACUAUGGUGCAACUUCCUUGUGUUUUCUCUCAAGUUUGGUGUUUGGUGGACAAGUUCUAGCCAUGUCAUAAUGGCCGAAGUGGUUCACUCCGUCGCUGAUUUUGCUAACCAGGCACUUCUUGCUUAUGGUCUCAGUAGCUCAAGGCGUGCACCAGAUGCUCUUCAUCCCUAUGGCUACUCAAAGGAAAGAUUUGUAUGGUCUUUGAUAUCUGCUGUUGGCAUCUUUUGCCUUGGGGCUGGUGCUACCAUUGUUAAUGGAGUACAGAACUUGUGGACUUCUCAGCCACCUCCAAAUAUGGAAUAUGCUGCUGUGGUAAUCGGUGGCUCUUUUUUAAUUGAAGGUGCAUCACUUCUAGUUGCAAUACAAUCUGUGAAAAAAGGAGCUGCACAAGAAGGCAUGACCAUAAGAGAUUAUAUAUGGCGUGGUCAUGAUCCUACUUCUGUUGCUGUUAUGACUGAGGACGGCGCUGCAGUUGCAGGUUUGGCAAUAGCUGCGGCUUCUCUGGUCGCUGUUAAGAUGACAGGAAAUGCUAUUUAUGAUCCUAUAGGAUCCAUUGUAGUUGGCAAUUUACUUGGAAUGGUAUGUUCUUCCAACUCUACUUAA